AUGGAUAAUGAAAAUGAUAACAAUAUAGAUACUGAUCCAACAACUAGAGAUGUACAGACCGAGGACGAAAACGAUAAUGUAUCGAUAACAUCUAAAGAAAUUAUGACUUAUAAGUUAGAUGUAAGCCCAAACGGCGUCGAGCCUGGUUAUAAUAACUGUUCUCCGAGACUCUCAAGCGAGGGACCAAGCGCUCUCCCAGAAUCUCCCGUCGUGUUAACCCAACCCCUUCGUAUAUUUUCCAACGUACCAUCACCGAUGUCAAUAAGAAUGCCAACAUCUUCACAGCCACAGUCUUUAUUCUUACAGGCUUUAGCGAAACUAAACACGAGCUCUAUAAGUUUAGCAUUCAAAAAUAUCGACGAUAAACUGAAAUUAACUAACAAUUCAGCUCUUAGUAAAGAACUAUCACCUCCAGAUUCCUUGACAAGCGCGCCGCCGUCGUAUUCAUUUGUGCUGCGCCAAAUGGCUGCAAGAAGACGGCCUAGAUUGAUGGGAACUUUCUACCCAUCACCAUCCUUCGUGCAGCACACACCUCCCCCAAACUACGCUACAGCAUUCGACAUCUACGUUGAAAAUCCUAUCACGCAACCGCCACCUAGAAUAUAUAAUUUUGGUUUCACCCCAAUGCCUAUUGUCUGCCCUCAAUGUGGACACACGGGAAUGACAGUGGUUACCUGUAAAAUAACGUUGUGUACCCAUUUAUGUGCGAUGUCUUUAUGUUUAAUGUGUUGCUGGAUUUGUGCGCCUUUGCCGUAUGUUUUACGAUCGUGCAAAGAUGUUUAUCACUACUGCAGGAAUUGUCGAAGCUAUCUUGGAAUGUACUGUCCCACUAAUCCAGACACUGCGUAUACUUGA